GCCGGUUGGAUGAGAGGGCACUGAAGACUCACCCCCACCCCGUCAGGCUCAGUGGAUCAAUACUCUGGUCCUGACUGUCUACUGCUUACGUUUGGCCGUCAACCUCGCAGGCGCCGCACAAGUGCAAGGCGAGGACCCUCCAACAGCACCCAGGAUACCAUCGAGGCUGUCGUCAUGGUGAACAUCAGCAUGCAGGAGGGGUCCCUCCCGACCGAGCCGACGGAGUGGACCGAGGAGGACCGCCGCUCGGUGCAUGAGCUGCGGGAGCACCUGCGGCACAUGCGGGAGGUGAUGAACGACAGCGAGUACGCAGACUCGCUCGCGGCCAUGGCCAACACCCCGCCGGGAAAGAAGCCCCGCGUGCACAACCGUGCCAGCGUCAUAGACGGCAGCUUCAUGAGCUUCGUGUUCAUCUUCGUGUUCACUGUCAUCGUCAUUGUCAGCUUCUAUGCCUUCAAGAACCUGUACCACGCUGUGCUCAAGAAGUUCCCAACAGUGCAGCACACGGAGCUUUAAGCGGGCUGCAAAGGGGGUAGCAGGUAGUGUCCUCCCCAGCAGAUAACAGUGCCGAGGAUAAACAUGAAAAUUAAUUCAAUACUGAUUUGUGUGAACUUCCACUUCUUUUCCUUCUAAACGAAGGCUGAAGACUGACCAAGAGUGGCAACUACAAUUUCGGUAGUCAAAACUAUCUAUGCAUCAUAAUGAGACUUUUUAAAACCUUAGAACCCUCAAGGGCUUUCAAUUAACAAGCUUGGUUCCAUGUACUUAAUUAAAGUGAAACUAACAAUUGUUAAACAAUUUUGUAUAAAUGUUUUUGAAUAAAAUAU